CUCUGAACGCCGCUCAACCUCCCCAUGGUCCAAUCUUUUGACCAAAGAUCGCGGCAAAAGCGUGGCCAAUGUCCAACAACAGCUCCAGCAGCGGGUCGUUCUCAUCCUCAUCGUCCUCGUCAGAAGAUGACCCGCUGCUGGACCUGGAAACGGUCAACCUGGUCAACUUCACCAUGGGAUGUCGGGAGGCACAGCUACAGAUGACCCAACAUGAGCAGAAAGUGGAAGAGGCAAAGGCACAGUUUGACAACAAGAUGCGACUCCGAUGGAACCGAGACCGAGAAUAUCAAUCCAAACACAAGCGCAUCCAGGACGCGCGACACGAAUGGAUGCUGGCAAAGCAGAAACCCAGAGCAGCGGCCAUUCCCACCGUGGCUGGUGAAGCGGCUGCCUUUGCCAAUGGUCAAAUGGUGAGGAUCAAAACUAGCUACUGGAAACAGCUGCAGGUGCCGGCAGCGGCCAAAAGUGGGUCCUGUCAUUGGCGGGUCUGUCAUUUCAGUGGCUUCAGCUACACCUUGUCAUUGCCGCACUCUGGGAACGUGCUGGAAUGUGUUCCACCCGAUGCUAUGGAGGAGUUGGACUACGAAUUGCUCCCUGGCAGCGUGGUGUCCAUCGUUGAACCCCCAGCCCUGUCGGCCGACGUGGCCCGGCAACUGCAUCAGGUCGCCCAGCGCUGUGGAAGCGGUGCAAGGUUGAAACAACGAAGGUCUGACACCACUUUUGAAGUCACAUUUCCUAACGGCGCGACUUUGCUGAUCCCCAACGGCAACCUUCGCCCACCGAAUCACCCUGUCGCACCACAACCUCGGCCUCAGCAACCCGCACCGCAGAAACUGCUGGGGUUUACCUAUCUGGACUAUGUGCGAGAUGAGGAGGGAAGAAAAGGUGUUGUCACGGGUCUUUGCUCCGAAGAUCCAUUGAAUUUGAAAGUGAUCCUGACUUCCUACAGUGCACAUGUCAGCCUUCCGGCCAGUACUUUGACUUCGGAGGAGGUCUGGUUUUCUCAGAGGGUAACGGAGCUCACCAAAGAGGCAGAAGAGCUCAAGGAGGAGCUAGAGAAGAGUUGCGCUGCAGCCGUCGAAGCCGAUGCCCAGCUGAAGGCAUUGCAAGCGGAGCAGGAGAAGUUCGUUGAAAGACAUCGCGAAGCUGAAGAUGCGAAACGCGAAGCGGAAGGGAGCGCCCGCACACUUCGGGUAGUGAAGGUCGCUCGCUUCAAGACGAGCGACAGACCGCAGGAGUGGCGCGACAUCUCUUCCUACGUCACCGUGGAAUGGUCCGUGGCCAUGGAAACUGCCGCUGGCCUCCGCCAGCUUGUACCACUGGGAGUCUUCAAAACAGCUGCCUACCAGGUGGUGGGUGAAACCGAAGCGGACCGCGAAGAACACAUUUUUUCCAAUCAAACGUUGGGAGCAUUUCGCUUAUCUCGAGCCGUGGCUGAGAAAAUCUUAAAGCAUCGCAACAUACCGACCGCAGAUCCACUGCACAGUUUUGCUCUCCUGAAAGCGGCCCUGGGGGCAGGGAGUCACAAAGUUGUGUUGGAUGUGGAGGUCCGGGAUUUUUUCAGUGGACCUGUGGGGCUCUUCGUUCCCAAAGAUGUGGCACCUCCGACUGUGCUGGUCAACACGUUGAGACCAUACCAACUGACCGGUUUCCGUUGGUUGGUGAACAAUGUUCGUAAUGGCUUUGGAUCUUUGUUGGCAGAUGAUAUGGGCUUGGGCAAGACUCUUCAAACCAUCUCUUUGAUCAUGUAUCUGAAGCAGCAAAAUCUCUUGAAACCCAUUUUGAUCGUGGUUCCCAGCGGCUUAGUACAGACCUGGCGAAGGGAGUUGGAGCAUUGGGCCAAGGAUUUGAGGGUCCACCUGUUUUAUGGCAAAAGCCGACAGCUGCCAUCGCUGCGAUCCUUCCCGUCAUCCGCUGGAGCCGCUGGGUCCCCGAAGCGCCGGCGUCUGAAUUUCAAACAAGCCGAACCAACGGUGGAGCCUCCUGUGGUGGAGCCUUCUGCGCCGGAUGUGGUGUUGACCUCCUACGCGAUCUUGCGAAAUGAUGCGGAACUUUUGGCAAUUCCAGGGUUUGGAGGAAUGAUUUUGGAUGAAGCGCAACACAUCAAAAAUUUCAACACAAAGUUAUCUAAAGCGGUGAAGGAUGUGGCGGAAGUGGUUGGUCAUUUGAGAGUAGCUUUGAGUGGGACACCUGUGGAGAACAGCUUGACGGAUUUGCAUAGUAUCUUCGACUUCAUUCUUCCGGGUUAUUUGUCCUCCAGAAGCGACUUCGAAAGAACCUUCGGCCAACCGUUGAAGCUAGCAGCGCGGAAAGGUAAUCUUUGCAAUGUGGCCGAAGAAAAACGAUCCCUGCUGAACCGAAUGAAGGAACCUUUUCUGUUGAGACGAUUGAAAACGGAUCCUGCCAUUUCAGCCGAUCUACCUGAUAAAGUUCAGCAAACUCACGAAUGUGAACUCAGCCCCAAGCAGAGGAAGAUUUACACAUUGGUUCAGAAGAUGCAAUGGGCUGCUUGCGGCGGAUCUGGUCGCAAUUUUAAGGUCCUCGAGAUGCUUCAAGCCAUGAGAGAAGUUUGCAAUCAUCCGGCCUGUCUCCCGGAGAAGCGUCGUCCACAUGGUACCGGAUCACAUCCAGCAACUGAUAUUGAACUCAGCGGCAAAUGUGCCAAAUUCCACGAGUUGCUGGACAACAUCCUGGCAGCUGGGGAAAAGGCCCUGGUCUUCAGCAGCAGUCUGUCGGCCAUCGACGUCUUGCUGCAGCAGAUCCAGCGACGGAAGGACCGGCCCUGCGCCUUGAAGAUCAUCGGCAAUGUGGCGCCGGAGCAGCGGCAGGCGUUGAUCGACCAAUUCCAAAAUGAUCCGAACUGCUCACUACUUCUGCUCUCCCAGGUUGGAACGGUGGGUUUGAACCUCACGGCUGCUACUCAUGUGAUUCACUUUGAUCGCCAGUAUAACCCCGCCAAGGAAAACCAGGCCACUGAUCGUGCUCAUCGCAUUGGUCAGAAAAGGACCGUAUUUGUGCAUUUCCUCAUCAGCAAGGACACCUUUGAGGAGAGGUUGGCCGAAAUUCUGGAGCAGAAACAACAGCUCAGCGAUUUGGUGAUGUUCGAUUGUGAGAAAUUUAUUACAGACAUGGACAAUGACGAACUCCACAAGUUUUUUUGGUUGAAAUCUUGAAGAUUCGGGCAGCGACGACCGUUGUCCACUUUCACCAGUGUCGUGAGGUUUAUGCUGGAUUGCACACAGGAAUCAACAAGUCUGCAGCAAAAUUGCUGGUCUGAUGUUUUUGCUGUGUGCAACCCAUUGUUUGAUAAUGCUCGCUUUUCCUACGUCCAUACACUCCCUUCCACGGUGUACCGUAGCAUAUAUGUGCGCCCUCUCUGUGGCGCGUUGUACAAAGGUGACUUGGUGGCUUCACAAUGAGAUUUUCAAUCAAUAUUACAUGGUUAAUCAUUGGCGUAUUAGCCAUCUUCUUUUCAAGACCCACAUGGGCAUGGGUCAAAAUUGGG